GGUUGCUUUCAUUGUCGGAGGCAUCAAAAACACGGAGCGAGAUUCGAACUUUAAAAGACGGUAAAACAACACUCGGACCCCUGAUCAAAAGAAACGAUUUCCUGGCACAAUAACCAUAGGUUAUUUUUAUAUUAACCGUGGUAGUAGUACACAUACAAACAUUCCAAAACGUUUACAGCCAUGUGAUUUAUGAAUCGAACAAGUGAAAAGUUAAACGUUUACGGCCAUGUGGAUUUAUGAAUCGAACAAGUGAAAAGUUAAACUUACUAUAUUUUAUACCAUGCAACAUAAACACAUUGCAUUGUUACAUGCAGUAUUGCUUUCCGUGGCAUUCUUAGGUAUAAAAUGCAAGCUUGAUUUCACACCUCCAUUCAUCAGCUCACAAACAACCAUGGAAAAAUCACCCUAAUACGGUAGUUAUAUGCCCUUCAAUGAUUAAGACAUUACCCUUUAUGUUAUUGGGACACAAUUUAUCUCCGAUAACAGAAUAAGACCUUGUGUUCUUUUGGAUUUGCUAAACAAAAAGGAACAGUUUUCCGUAAGAAAAUGUGAAGAAGGAAACUUGGAUAUAUUUUUGAAAUCUUUUCGCUGUAAUUUGAGAAGGUAUCAAGGAACAUCAUUGCAAAUAAUGCGUCGGUUUAUAUUGAUUAGUUUACUAUUUCAUGUAUAUUUAACUGUACAAAUAUACUCCGGGCUUUUAUUAGGAAAUGAUUGGUGUCGCGAAAUGGAUAACAAGUCGUUGGUGUGCAAUAAUAAAAUACCCGAAAAUAUUCCAGAUGGGAUAGAAAAUGUUAAAAUAAUGAACAUAGUACCAAAGGUAACGCAUAUAAAGAAUGACAGUUUCUAUGGAAACCAAUGGGCACGUUUGAAAAGUCUUUGGAUUGGAACGAUGGAUUAUACAGAAUCAUAUAUACCGUGGUUAACACUAUACAACAAUACGUUCAGUAACCUAUAUGCACUGGAAUCCCUUACUGUAUAUAUGCCAGCACUUGAACGCAUUGAACGUGACGCAUUUCGAGGUCUUGAAAAUUUAACUGAGGUGAGUUUUAUGGCGCUUGACAGAACGUCAGUGUAUUAUUUAUUUCUGGUUUUUGAGAACACUGAAUCAAUGCCAAACUUACAAACUUUUAGAGUUAAUAAACUGAACAUAUUUUCAAAACCACCGAUGACUUCAACAUCACUGGACCGUAGGGUUUUUCAAGCUUUAUCGUUGAGAAACAUAUCAGAAGUGCAUAUGACAGAAUCAUCUUUCGAUGUCCUCGACUUCAAAGCCUCUUUGCUAGUAUGCAAUCAAAUUCGAUUUGUCAAUGUUUCUCGCUCGACUAUCAUUAGAAAUGUUAACAGAACGUCAACUCCUUGUUCGUCACUUGAAACUGUUCUCCUGACAAAGUUUCAUAAGAAAAGUCAAACAACCCAUCUUCAUUAUGAGAAUGUUCGCUUAAAAUGGAAGUUAUAUACCAAGUUUUAUUAUUUUAAAAAGGCAAAAAAGUUGAAUAUUGAUUUUUGGUUCAAAGAUGUUUCGACAAUUAAAAACACCCAUUUAACAAUUGAAAGUCAAGCAUUUCAACUGAAAGAGAUAUCCAUGCAAAAUAAUAAAUUAAACUACAUCGACUUAGUUCUUAGAACCAAUAUAUCUGUCAACUUAGAAAAAGUUGAGCUACAAAGUAAUGGUAUCAGAUAUCUUAAUGGUGGGUCAUUCAUAUCUACGCCUUUAUUGAAAACGUUGAAUUUGUCGGAUAAUCAGUUAUUCCAAAUGCAAAGUCGCAACACAUCGUCGUUUACGAAAGUAUUCUUUUAUCUAACAAAACUGCAAGUUCUUGAUAUUUCUUGGAAUGAACUUACUUACAUACCAUUCAACACCUUUGACGAAAAUAGUGAAUUGCACGAAUUAUAUAUUAGAAACAACAAUAUGGGCCAAAUAGCUCUUAAUUCAAGCUUCACGUUGUCGAUAGUUGAUUUGAGGUUUAACAAAAUUAGCUCCCUGAACGUAGUCAGUCGUCAAUGGUUUGACGAAAAUUUCAGUUUUCAUUUCAAUACGUCUAAGUUUGAUGUCAAUAUCCAAGAUAAUCCGUUACAGUGCUCCUGCAGGAAUCAAGACUUCGUGCAAUGGCUUGUACACACACCGUUGAUAAGAAACUCGUCCUAUAAAUUAGCUUGCUUUGACCACGAACAUGCUGAAAUAACGCCUCAGUUCAGUAAUGACUUAAAGGAAGAAUGUUUGCGGCCUAUAAUUAUUAGAAACAUAGCGCUAACUUCUUCAGUUGGGUUUGUUGCAGUUUCUUUACUUACAUCUGCUGUUUUUGUCGUCUGCCGUCGUCACAGAAAACGAAUUCUUAAAAAUCGAACAAUUGAUGAAAUAAUUGCCCUAGUUCAGGACGGAGCAUAUCAAUUUGAAUUUCCUGUGUUCGUGUCAUACUGCAACGGUGAUGUCGACUUGGUCAUGGCACAUAUAUAUCAACCUCUAGUAAAUCAUUUUCGGGAAAUAUUUGACACACCAAGGGAGUUGGUAUGUAUUGGCGACCGCCAUUUUACACCUGGACGUAGUAUUUAUCAUGAAAUUCAUAGAUGUCUGGAAAGCAGUGCAGUUAUAAUUACCGUUGUAUCCAAUGAAUUUUGUCAGAGUCAAUAUUGUGUAAAUGAACUGGAGCAGGCUUAUGACUUGGGAAAGCCAAUUUUGAUGAUUUUUGUGGACAUGGUUGAUGAAAAUGAAAUGACACCUAUUAUGAGACAAUUAUUCAAAAGGUACACGCGCGUGAAUAUGCGGAUUAUUGACGGCGAAGUUCAAAUUGUGCCAUGCUGGGACAGAAUCUGCAGAUCAAUUCUCGAAAUGUUGCCACGAUAACUCAAAUUUGAAUCAGAAACAUUUCUGAUUUUAGAAUGAUACUUUAUGACUUAUGCGCAGCAUUACACCGAAAAAAAAUCCGUUUUCAAACUAUUCUAAACAUUGGACUGGAAAAUUCGGAAUGAAGAACUUUAUUCUUUUUGUGUAGAACAAAUAUACGAGAUAACUGAAGAAAUUGUUUCUGAAUCGAAUUUAAUCCAAAUCUUAUUUUAAACAUUUGGACUGUUAGAAAUAAUUGCCAAUAUUUGGCAUUUUCAAUCUACGUUUUAACAUUUUCGUGCCUUCAUCAUAUCAUUGACAUCUAUUCCAGUCAUGUGUGUUUGCAUAUGACAUGUGUGUGCUUGUUUUGUAUUGUUCAAAACUUGUCAUGUAAGUCUUUUAAGUAAUUUCUUUAUUAUUUGGUGCGCCGUGUAUGUCUCAUCCUAUCCAUGAGAGCCAGUUACAAGUAACAUAUCAAGAUACUCUUGCAAUGUAACAAAACGAGAUAACUAGAUAAACAAUUGAAGCUAGAAAGCCAAAAAAUAUAUGUGGAGUCAGGUCAGACUGCAAGGAUCAGGUGGCUAAGACCAUGUAGGGGUAUAAAACUGAAGUAACUCACGUUGACGGCUCGUUAACUAUUGCGAAUUUAAUUCUUUUAUUAUGGAAUUGUAUCGGCUAUACUUGUUUAUUUGUAUAUCUUGUUUGAUUUUUUCACGUUUUGCUUUUGAUAAAACCGAAAAUGUCAAAU